GUCGAACAGUUUUUCAAUGCGAAAGGUUUCGACGCUCUGAUCAAUUACUUUAAAGUUACCACUAGCAAAUAUUCUCAUGAUCGAAUCAACGAAGUUGUUAUCGGAUGUCUAAAAAAUAUAAUGAAUUGUCAGGAAGGUCGAAAAGCAGUACUAAUGCACUCAGACGCUGUAAACGUGAUGGCUUUAAAAUCUUUUCCAUCCGAAAACAAAAAUGUGCGAUCACGAACGUUGUGCAUCAGCAUCUUGAGUGCUCUCUGCAUGGUUCCUGGCGGUCACAAAAAAGUCAUACAUGCCAUGACUUACGCUCAGACCACGGUCAAAGACAGAACAAGAUUUCAGGUACUGUUAUACGAUUUGGACGUUGAAUCCAACUACGCCGAUGAUUACAAGUCAUGCAUUGAGUUGAAAACAGCCAUCAUCGCUUUCAUCAACUCUUUAAUAAAUUAUGGGCCUGGAGAAAAGAGCAUAGAAUUCAGACUGCACCUCAGAUACGAGUUUUUAAUGCUGGGAAUUGAAAGCAUUUUCGACAAGCUAAAAUUGUAUGGGAACAAUAUUAUUAAUAAGCAUAUCGAUUUUUUCGAGCUUAUAAGAAAUAAAGAUGAAAAAGAAUUCGUAACUCUCUCUUCUUCAAAGACAAGAUUUGAUAGCAAAAGUGUAUCGUCGAUGUUUGAAGCGUUAAAGCAAAAGUACAUCGUAUCUCCUAUCUACACGAACAUUCUGUCUAUCUUAUAUCAUUUGCUCUUAAUCCAGAGUAAGUCUCAUAAAUCUACAAGCACAUGUCAUCAGUGGAAACUCAUUGACAACAUAGUCCAGGAAAUUUCUAUCCAGUCAAAAGAUGGAGACACUGCGGCCACUGUCGGAUUGCUUGGGGACAGCGUGAAAUCCAUCAUCUCCAAAAUGAUUCAGGAAGAGUCAGUGAAAGAAACCCAAAAACGACUGGUGGAUGCCCAAAAGAAAACGAUGGAUCUGAAAGCUCUACUGGAAAAGAAAGAAAAAGAAUGCGAAACCAAAUCGGAAGAAAAAGAUAUGCUUUUAGAAACUUUGAACCAAAUGAAGAUCAAGCUGGAAAAAGAUGCAUCUGAAUAUAAACAAACUAUUUCAGAUUUAUUAAUUCAAAUUGAACAGUUGAAGUUAAGUUCAUUUAAAAAAUUUGAAAAUGACAACGUUCCCAGCAACCAAGAUUCGAACAAUCAUUUCAGCAAUACGCCAACGACGCCUAACGCUGUUCCGAUUAACUCACCUGAUUUGAUUCCAUCACUCCCAGAACUUCCUCCAGAAUGCCCCAUGCCACCACCACCACCACUCCCACUAUCACCACCACUCCCACUAUCACCACCGGAUUGUAGCAUACCUCCACCGCCUCCACCACCAUCAUUUAUCGGGCUUUCUACAAAGCCAACCAAAAACUGCCCGCAACCAACUCAACCGAUGAAGUGUUUCAACUGGACCAAAAUUCCAGAAGGAAAAAUUUCCGGAACAAUCUGGGAAAAGCUUGACGAUUCUAAGAUAUAUUGCCAACUCGACCUGGAUGAACUUGAAAAGAAUUUCACAGCAUAUCACAAGCAGGACCAGAACAUGGACGGAGAGAACAAAGGCGCGUUGAACAGAUCGGCGAAGAUACUGAGCCUCAUAGAUGGCCGAAGAUCUCAAAACUGUACAAUCAUGUUGAGCAAGUUGAAGAUGAGCAACUACGAUUUGAUUCAGGCCGUUAGAAACGUUGAUCCCAACAACGAGCUGACAAAGGAUAUGUGCGAGCAGCUUUUAAAAUUCACACCAACAACCGAAGAAACUCAAAUGUUAAAUGAGCAAGCGAAAGAAAUAGACAACAUGGCUAAAGCGGACAGAUUUUUACUUGAAAUAAGCCAAGUUGAUCACUACGAAUCAUUGUUGAAAUGUCUUUAUUAUAAGAAGAAAUAUAAUGAAAGAAUUAAUGAUGUCGUCCCUAGAGUCACAGCUGUAUCCUCUGCCUGCCACGAAGUAACGAACAGCUCAUCGUUGAUGACGGUAUUAGAAAUAAUUUUAGCACUUGGAAAUUUUUUGAACAAAGGCCAGAGAGGCAAUGCUUAUGGAUUCAAGCUUUCCAGUCUUACAAAAAUUAUGGAUACAAAAUCGAGUGUCAAUAAAAAAACAUCUUUACUUCAUUACCUUGUGGAAAUUAUGGAUUCGAAGUUUCCUGACAUCAAAGACUUAAGAAACGAAAUGUCAGACGUAAAAAAUGCUUCCAAAGUAGUAUUGCCAGAACUGGAAUCAGAAAUAAACAGUUUGAAGAAUGGUUUGACAGACGUUGAAAUUGAGACUAAGUAUCAACAAGAGAAACGGUUGAUUGGUCAAUCAGUGUUCUGUCAAGUCAUGAACGAGUUUCUCAGUGUAUCAUCCUGCAGAUUGUUCACAUUAGCUGACCAGUUGCGGGAAAUGAAAAAUCAAUACCAAACGGUUCUAAAAAUAUAUGGAGAAGAACUGAACAUACAGCCAGAAGAAUUCUUCAAACAUUUUGACCUCUUCCUUGAUAACAUGGACGAGGCCAGGAACGAAAAUCUGGCACUCAAAAAAUUGAAAGAAGAAGAGGAAAAACGAGCACUAAGAGAAGCGGAACUGAAAGCAGAGAAGCAAAGAAGAAAAUCUAGUUUAACAGAUGGAACGCAAACGGAAACGGGGGAAUUCGAUAUGAUGAUAAAAACAUUGAUGACUGGCGAAGCAUAUGACGGAGUGAAAAGCAAAAUGAAAAGAAAUCAAGUUAAGAAAUUUUAUACUGCAGAAAAAUCAAGCUCAAACAUUCCACCCUCAUAUUCAGCAUCGAAGAUGUUUUCUCCUCAAGAUAAAAGUCAUUACAAGUAA